GUCACCUGGCGGCAGCGGUGGCGGCGGCGGCGGGCGGGGCGGGAGGCGCGGGGGGGAGGCUAUAAAAGUGUCCCGCCGCGGCACAUGCACACUUCGGGGAAACUUCCUCGCUGGAGUGGUAGUAGCCGUCGCCGCCACCCCGGGGGCUGCGCCCGCUGCCGCCAGCCCCGCUCCGCCCUCGGGCGGGCGGGCGGGCGGCCCCGCGGUGGAGGGCGGCUGCGGCCGGGACCCCCCGCCCCGCGGGAGGCAGCGCCGCGGGCCGUGCCCCGGGCGGCGGCGGCAGGAUGAGGGUGAACGGGAGCGAGCUCAACAGCUCGGUCCUGCCGCGGGACCCGCCACCCGAGCGCCGCCCGCCCUGGGUGAUCUCCACCUUGGCUGCCAUCCUCAUCUUCACCAUCGUGGUGGACCUGCUGGGCAACCUGCUGGUCAUCCUCUCCGUCUAUCGCAAUAAGAAGCUGCGGAACGCGGGUGACCCUUGGACUUCUUUUUGUGCCCUGAGAGACAACGGGUAGCCCAACAAAGGUUUUGAUUCAAGGGAGAUAACUUGUAGAAGAUCAAGGUGUAGCACAAAUUCAGGGUUCUGAUGAAAACUGAGAUGUUGAUGGCAAUGAACAUUGUUUCAGACAUGAAUAACUUCCAGUAUUAAAAAUGGAAAUGUGUUUGUUGUAAGCCUGGCAGUUGCAGACCUGGUUGUAGCCAUCUACCCAUAUCCACUGGUUCUCACAUCUGUAUUUCGCAACGGAUGGAAUCUGGGAUACCUUCACUGCCAGAUUAGUGGCUUCUUGAUGGGCCUAAGUGUCAUUGGAUCAAUCUUCAAUAUUACAGGCAUCGCUAUCAACCGGUACUGCUAUAUCUGCCACAGUCUCAAGUAUGACAAACUGUACAGCAACAAGAAUUCAUUGUGCUAUGUUGUUCUUAUCUGGGUCCUAACAGUUGUUGCUAUUGUGCCCAACCUGUUUGUGGGAUCGCUACAGUAUGACCCCAGGAUUUAUUCAUGUACAUUUGCACAAUCUGUGAGCUCAGCGUAUACAAUAGCAGUUGUGUUUUUCCAUUUCCUGCUUCCCAUAGCCAUAGUUACGUUCUGUUACCUGAGAAUAUGGAUCCUGGUUAUUCAGGUAAGGCGAAGGGUUAAACCAGAUAACAACCCCCGGCUGAAACCACAUGACUUCAGAAACUUUGUAACCAUGUUUGUGGUGUUUGUACUGUUUGCAGUCUGCUGGGCCCCUUUGAACUUCAUAGGCCUUGCUGUGGCCUUCAGCCCAGAAACUAUAAUCCCUAGGAUUCCAGAGUGGUUGUUUGUAUCUAGUUAUUACAUGGCAUAUUUCAACAGCUGCCUUAAUGCUAUCAUAUAUGGACUUCUGAACCAGAACUUCAGAAGAGAAUACAAGAGAAUUAUUGUCACUUUUUGUACAGCAAAAGUUUUUUUCCAAGAUAGUUCUAAUGAUGCGGGAGACAGGAUGAAAAGUAAACCUUCUCCAUUGAUUACAAACAACAAUCAAGUGAAGGUGGACUCUGUCUGAAAAUGGGAAUCUUAUUAUUGUUACUCAACAGCAUCCAAAUAAAGUAUCUGUUCUAUUAGACCUACUGUUAAAUAUUAUAGUGAAACAUCUAUUCUACACUGAAAGCACUUUGAUCAAAUUCUUUGCAUGGUAUUUGGGAACUCAAGGAGCCUUGACAUACAGAUCUUAUUAUACAGUGGUAUAUCUCUCAUAUAACACCACAAUGAUAUCCUUGAGGGAAUUGCAAAGUUAUGCAUGGAUACUUUUUUUCCCCCUUGAAUUGAGAUAAAGAACUAGAAAAAGAUUGAAACAUAAGUAUCCACACUGCAUGGCUCAAUAAAAGUAAUCACAAAACUGUUCCUACCACUUUCUGCCUGCUUCUUCUGGCCAGGUUAUGGUUCUGAUUCUAAAACCUCUGAGAACCUCUUUUAAAAGAUGGAAUCAGGUAUUUAUGAAAUAUAUUAAGAAAUGUGAAGUGAGAAAUCAAGGUGACUGAAAAAUCAUUAGGAUUUUAAACAAGUACCUCUACUUAUAUUGCUUUGCUCCUAACAUGGACAGGAUUAUUCAUUUUUUGGAGACUAAACCUCACCAGCCUUCCUAGGAAUGGCAUUCUCAAUUGACUUCUCAAUUUUAAAAUAACUUUUAGAAGGAGAAAUAUACCCGACUGAUUAUCUUCAAAGCUACAAGGGCAGGAGAAUAAACAGCAAGGAAAGAAAAGAGCCAAUGAUUCAUCAGCUCAAGCUGUUUAGGCAUUAAAAAGGUGUAGGAGGGUUGGGAAGAGAAAUAUAAAGAACCGUUCUUUCUGAAGAGACAGUAAUCCAUGAAAUCAGGAAGUGCUCCAGAGGAGUUUCUGGGGAACUAUGUCCUAGAAACAUAAGCGAGGAAGGACCACUAUUUCUUACUCGUGUACAGUACAGGAGUUCUAAGCCUCGGUGAGAAGAAGAUUAACGCAUUUAAGAGGAACUGUGGAUGAGGAUGACAUUUUUGUACGGUUAGUGGAAUCUUAACCUCAUAAAGCCCUGGGAAAUGAGAAAUAUUUAUAGGAUGAGAAUUUAACAUUUUUCUCAACUUGAUCUCCUGAGAAUAACCUGAGACUAUAGGUUAUUUUGUAAUCUGCCACAUACAAGUUUUUCAAAAUAAUAAUUAGGUGUUUACCACAUGCUGAUCAUAAUGUAAUAACUUAGAGAAAUUAGACACCUUUAAAUAAUAGAAAAGAGAUUAUGCUACUUAUGAUACUGGUACAAGGAGGAACACGUGAAUCUCAGGACAGAACCUGCUAUGUGGACAUUCCACAGACAGCAGGCACCUCUUCACUGAGGGACAGCAUAUUGUGAAGUGAGGAAGAAUAGCUAGACAGGCAGCCUCCUGCAACAAUGAAUCUGUUUGUAAUCUGUAUGUAAUCCUCUGGUGGAGAAAAGCAAAUCGCAACAAUAGGAUUCACCUUAAAAUUGACCUUAAGAAGAAGGAGCAUUUAGUUCUGGAAAGAUGCUUCAACUGUCAUACCUUUUAAUGCUCAAGUGUUCUUACCUACACUGAUGUACAAGUACAUGAGCUUUUCCAAACCAAUUCCAAUAAUUUCAACUGGACUAAGAAUUUCUGAAUAGCCAUCAGGCUUCUGUUAAUCUAUAUUAAAACAUGGACUUUACCUAAACAGUUCAUUUAAAUUGUUACUUGCUCUACUGGAGAUUUUCUGGAGCUUUUAUGUUUUAGAAGCCAACAGCCUAUUUCAUAUAAUUCCUUAAACUGCAUACAAAUCUAACAGUGUUUUGUUUUUCUGGGAUCAUAGAUCUAUGUACCCUUGACUUAAUAAUGAACUAAAAGGGAACAAAAGAUUCUUAUUUACUUGAAAACCCCACCUGACACUUCGUCAACUGACCAGUUUCUUACCUUAAAAAUAGGUGCCUCAUGUCAAGUUGACAAUGGAACUAAUGAAUAACAUUGUAAAGCCCUGGAGAUGAACUAGCAAGUCAAUGCAUUGCUGAGGUGCUUGACUCAUCUUUGUUUACAUUUGCAGUCAGAACCACUGUGUAAAUAACCAGCUCUCUUCUAUUGUGGUAUCAUCAUAUGAUGCGAUAUGAUACAACAUGAUGAACAGCAUAGAGUAUAUCACAGCUUUCUUCACUGUGAUUCCAUCCUUGGAGGAUGCUUAGCUCUGUAAUUUUAUUGCUUUAUGUGUAGUGAUUUAGAACUAGCAAGGGAGGCAUGACCACCUUAUAAGAAAAGAAGCUUUUCAUGUAAGAAAAAACUAUGUUUAAAUUCUUACAAAACUUGCCUUAUUUAAAGCAUAUUUUCAAUGAAAAUAAUGUCUUAUGAUGUAUUUAAUAAAGUAGCAUAAAGGUAGUUUAAGUAGCGUAAUCAUUAAUAAAAUUGGAAUUCUCAAAGACCUUUCACUUGCCAUUUCCAACAGAAAAUGUACAUGUUUAUCAUGUCUACAUAUUUAUGAACCGGUUCAAGAUACUGUAUCCAAUAUAAUGGGUUAUCUGAGGUAUUGAAAUCCCCAUAAUUCACAAGUGCUAAAAUAUAUUUUUGAUGAUAAUAAAAAUGGUUUGCUAUAUAUAAUAAAACAUGUUAUACCAAAGUUAUAUAUUUUAUUGAAUAGACCUGUAACAAAAAUGGAAAGCAUUUUUCAGAUCUGAUAUUUUGAAAUAUUUGUAU